AUGUGCAAAAUUAAUUUUUCGAUUUUAAUCCUAGCAUUAUUAUGUCUCGUAAAUAUCUCGAGUACCAAACACGUUUCAACGGACGGUUCAUGCGGUCCUGAUAAGGAUACCGUAUGCCCCGACGGCUUUUGCUGUUCUAGAUAUGGUUAUUGCGGUAAUACACCUGAUUUUUGUAAUCAAGGAUGCCAACAAGAUUUUGGUACCUGCAGCCCAAAUUCGACCCAAAACGUCUCAGCGGACGGUACAUGCGGUCCUGAUAAGAAUACCGUAUGCCCCAACGGCUAUUGCUGUUCUAAAUAUUGUUAUUGCGGUAAUACACCUGCUUUUUGUGAUAUAGAUCAAGGAUGCCAACCAGGUUAUGGUACCUGCGGUCAAAAUUCAACUGCCCAAAAUUCAACUGCACAAAAUUCGAGUGCCCAAAACCAAACCGUCUCAAUUAACGGUUCAUGCGGUCCUGCUACGAAUACCGUAUGCGCCGCCGGCUAUUGUUGUUCUAAAUAUGGUUAUUGUGGUAAUACAACUG